AAAAAUCCAAAUAUUUCUCAUUCUGAUUUUGAAUACGGAAAUAUGACAUCAAAAAUAGAAGUAAAUAUUUAUAUAUAUUCAUAAUAUAAAAUAUAGGCAUUUAAUAAUUGUAUUGGAUGCUCUUAAGUCAAAUUGAUGCUACUUAUUAUUAAAUGACUUGAUUUUUCAAUAAUUCUAAAAGAGAAUGGAUUUUAGACGAAUAAUAUACAAUGUAAUUGUGUUCAAGCAUUAAUUACGGAAGAGUAUACUGACCCCCCUUAUAUAUUUUUUAUGCCUUCAAGAAAAAUAAACCUUUGUAUAAUACAUAUCUUAAAAAAAAUGACAAGUUAUAUGAUAUUUAAAAUAGAUCUUACAGAGUUUAAUCCGUUAUUAUACACCAUAAAUCACAAAUAUGCAUUGUUUCUUCGAUGAUAUUUGGAAAUUUAAGAGAACAGAAUUUUCUUCUUAACAUACAGUAGAUGUGCACUUUAGCCUUUAUAAUAUGUAUCUCAUGAAAAAUAUGUAUGAAUUUAUAAAUUAAUAGAUUCUCUUGGUAUAAUAAGUCGCAUCUAUUAUUACAAUAUUUAACGGCCCUUUUCUCGUUUUGAUAUAAAAAAAACAUGUAUAAUCAUUGAAAAAGAUGUAAAAAAUAUUUAUAGUAUAAGUUACUCAAAGUUUCAAUACCAUUUAUAUAAUAAUAAUAUAUAACAGUUAAAUUAUAAUUAUAUUAUAUAUAAUACUGGCAAGGUACUCGUGUACCGCAAGCGUGUUAUCAUAACGAUCAACUUUUUUUACGACUCUUGACCGAAGAAGAAGCGGGAAACGCGUGCUAAUCGUUGAGCAAACUGGAAAGCAUGCAAGCUGAACAUUAUCCUAGCCAGACAGUAAGUUUUUUUCAUUAUUGAUAAAAUCAUUAAUAUUUAAUACACUAGUUUUUUGCAGAUUUUUUAAAGUGUAGUCUUUUUGGACAUGGAAUCUAAUGAAAGGUAAUUUCAGGCAAAUAGAAUUUUUAGCUAACGUUUGUGAAACUUAGGAGGGCCAUUGCCUUUUGCCAAUAAAAUGACCCUUACUGAUUCAGAAGUUCAAAGGUCUUGAUCAGUGGUAAAUAAUUAUGUCACUGUAACAGUCAAAUGAAGAGCUUCUGACUUAUUUAUAUUUGACAUAGUUAUGACCCCUUUUAUUGACAAUUUUCCAGGAAGAUGUUUUCCACAUGAGGCAGUCACAAUAGUUAAAGUUAUUGUUACACAGAUGUAACAUCAUAAAAUUCAGGCUGGGUUCAAAUAUCUCUUUAGAUUAGUAUUCUAAUUUACUAUCCAUGUGGUGGAUGGUGGUGUAAAUAACUUUUAGUGAUAGCUCUAGUAUGUGUAUUUUUUGCAGACACAGCCACUCUAGUAUGUGUGGUAUGAUCAUGUGUUAUGUCUAUAAUUGUUACAACUAAGUGAACAUAUUUUUAAUAGAAAAAUUCACAAGUUUUAUAACUAUUGGCAAUUUUCUUUUAACAGAUAUAAACUGAUUUUGAACAACCCUCAUAUACCAAAUUUUAUAUCUAUCCAGACCGCAGUUACAGCUAAACACUUCUUUCAGGAAAUUCUUUGCUUACUGGUAUUUUGUUAAAAAUGUCGGGAUUAUUAACAAUUGUAUUUGAAAGCAGCGAGGACUUCGAAAAGGCUGCAGAACAGGCAGCUACCGAAAAAUGGAAAAUUGAAAAAAAGAGCGGUUAUCGGAUGACUUUCUAUACAGAUGAGGGAGGUGAGAAAAUGAAGCGGUGGUGUCAGGAGAACAAAACAUCCCCUUCAAGACUGAAUAAAAAAAUAAUGAAAGUCAUUGAAGUCAGAUGGAAGUCAACAAGAGGUUUGAGGAACGUCUUCCUGAUUUUCACUCCAGAUAUAGUGGAUGCAUUAGAAUUUUUAAUGAAAACUAGAUACAGCAACAGUCCAUUUUUGUUUUGCAGGAAGAGCGAAAGGACACCCCUAGACGGUUGUGAGGCAAUGCGAGAUGUGACAAAGGCGUGUCCCGGCCUUAAACAUCCAGAGAGAAUACGCACUAGGGAACUCAGAAAAUAUCUUGCCACAACACAGUUAAUAGAAAUGACAGAAGCUGAGUUGAAAAUGGUGGCAGAUCAUAUGGGUCACAGUCUGAAUGUUCAUACCGAUAUUUAUCGGCUGCAGAGCUGCCUUUUAGAGAAGACAAAGGUUGCCAGAGUCUUGAUUGCAAUGGAAAAUGGCAACAUUGAUUCAUUCCAAGGAAAAAGCCUCCAAUAUAUUGAAGUUGAAAAUAUACCGCAGAACCAGUCUCCUAUGAUGAUGCCUGGACGACAGAAGAAAAAGAGACAUACAGGAUAUCGGUCCAAAAGCUCCGAAAAGAAAGGUGCAGGACUUAUAGAAAAACUGGGAAAGAAAAGAAAGCAAACUAUAAUGACCCCUGAAGAACUUCACACCUUUCUAAGAAGCAGAAAGGUGGAUUUAUCAAGGGCAAUUUCGAGGGUGAAGUUUGCUUUUAAUCCAAAAAGUGGAGAAGACAUUGUUAAACAGUUACAAGAAGCAUACAAACGCUUGGGAAGACAUUAUGCCCAAGGAUUUAAGGGUUUUCUGAACAUUAAUGUCUCAAUCAAUGAUAUUCUUUCAAAACAAGAACUUAUCAAACAAAUGUUAGCAAUAGAUGAGUUUGCCACCUUUUGGAGACAGGCAGACAGUAUUCCAGUAGAUAGACUUACUCACAAGAGUUUAACAACCCCUAAACUUCCACACACAACAGCAGCAAUUUCCAACGGCAACAUAAUUGGAAUAGUUAAACCAACACCUGCUAAAAUAACAGACGCAGAUUAG